CAGAGUCAAGGCGAGUCAAAUCAUCCCCGAGGCUCUUCGUAAGUAGAACUUUGUAAUUAAUUGAGAAAUUGCCGUCGUAAAUAUGCAGGAAUACUAUAGGACACUUGUCAAUACAUCUCUGAGUAAUGCGACGAACAUUCGCUUUGUUCAGAGUCUCACGGGUUACUAAAGCACUGGAUUCAAUUAUAUCUUAUAUAACACGCCACUAAAGACAAUGCAUCAGUGAAACCCGUGUUCACUCGACUUUUUGGGGGAAGAGGCAUUUUCGAGGUGAUUGCGAUGAACUCAUGGCAUUGCGUUUCGAAGCAGGAGUGAUUGACAAUCAGCUGUUCUCUGUUUAUCAGGUUACGUUGGUGUGUCAACUGUGUAUUCACGAUACGUCAUGAGAGCCAUAAAGAUGACUUGGAGAUUGUGUGAAUUGAUAGGUUAAUUGUUAGUGGUUGCGAUGGUUGUAAAUGGCAAAUAAAUAUGGAGAGACCUAGAACUCCGAGGGAGGAGGACUGUUGUGGGAAUGGAUGCAGUCCAUGUAUUUUCGAUGUACAUAAGAAUCUAGUUAAAUAUUGGGAGGAGAGGGACGAGAAUUCUCCUGGGAAGAGGAAUAUUUUGGAGCUCCUGUCUUAUAAAUCGUUUUGGGUUGAGGAGACGGUUUCAAUUAAUGAUGAAUACUGUUUUAUAUGGCUGGUAUAUCCAGCAUCAGAAUCUGAAGAACAAAUUCAUAUGAAUGUAGGACAGCAUAUCAUGAUAAAUGUAGACUCGUGGACGAGAGCAUUUUCUCCGAUUUCAUGGACAGCCACUGGUAUACAAUUGCUGGUGAGAAUCUAUGAGAAUAGUUGUUUCACGAGUAAAUUGAAGAGCAUCGAGAUAGGAGAGAGAAUAAGAGUGCGAGGGCCUUAUGGAGAUUUUCGGUACUCCAGAAAUUCCUUCAGAAAAAUUAUAAUGUUCGGGAUUGGCAGUGGGAUCGCCGUGUUUUACCCGAUUCUCAAGGCCAUUACUGAGGACGAGGUGGAGGACACGAGAGUUCACUUGAUCGUUGGAUUCAAAUCGAUCGAGUUAAUUCCGUUGAAGAAAGAAUUGCAAUUGUUAGCGGAUUAUUGGAAUGUCAAUUGCACUCUUCAAUUGGCUGAACUGGCGGAAGGGAUGAAGAUCAAUGGAAUUAAUGUCAAACAUGGGAGAAUUAAUGAGCGCAUUGUCGAGGAUAUCUUGGGGAUUGAGAAGUCUGAGGGAAUUUUGGUUCUUGUUUGUGGCAAUACGUCUUUUAACCGUAUGUUAGAGAGAUGUUUAAAGACAUUGAAGUUGAAUAAUUAUCAUAUAUUCGAGUGAAUUCUGAUUAGACAAUUAUAAAAAAUAUUUUCAUAGAAAAAAAAAAUUGGUCUUUCAAUUCAU